AUGGGUUUUUGGAGUAAGGUUCGCAUUCUUGGUGCGGGUUCGUAUGGAACUGUACACUUGGCGGUGAAGGUGGAUCCUCCACUAUCUGUUUCCACCGCCGCUGUGAAGUCCGCCACUUUUCCGUAUUUGAAUUGGCUGAAGAAGGAGGGAGAAAUUCUGUUCGAACUGAGAGGUUGCCGUGAAAUCGUUCAGUGUUUCGGAGAAUAUACUAGUAUUGAAAACAAUAGAGGGGUUUACAAUCUUCUCCUUGAAUACGCAUCCGGUGGAUCCCUCGUUGAUCUGAUCAAAAACUACGGAGGCAAUAUGCCGGAAUCUAUGGCCGCUUGUUAUAGUUACAUGCUACUUAAGGGUCUCUCUCACGUUCAUGAAAAAAGGUUUAUUCACUGUGACAUGAAACCCGCCAAUGUUCUCGUUUUUCCCAGCGAAGAUGGCACUAUACACAAUCUCAAGAUAGCAGAUUUUGGACAGCUUCAAUUGUGGAAUUGUGCUUUCUACUAUAAGCUUCAAUUGUGGAAUUGUGUUGUUAUGUGCAUAUUGAUAUAUCAUCAUUGGUAUGGAUAA